AUGGAGGAGAUUCUGAACAAAUUGGCUGAUUUGAUGUCAGCUUUAUCGCCAGCUCAAUGGUGCCAGAGUUUCUUCGCACUUUCUGCGGCUCUGGUUUUAGCUCUGCAAGGUCUCCCUCAAGAUGUCCGUAGCGCUCUGAUGGACUACGGUGCUCGAAGACCUAAAGACGGAGAGCCCAGGAACAAGAAAGAAGACGAUGAGAAGCAAAGCUUCGUAGGAUUGGGAUCGUUCUUGAAAAACCUAACGGAAUAUGGGCAAGUGCCUCACUCGUGGUUUUUGCACUUCUACAUCACCUCAGUAUCUCUGUCAGGCUUCUGGGCCUGGCAAUAUUUAACGAGGGGAUUGGUGUUGAGGACUAUUGCUACGUGGCAGGACAGGGCUUGCGGACCAUCGAUGAGUCUGGAGCAAAUAUACAUCGCAUGGCUGCUCAUGGCGUUGCAGGGUUCAAGGCGGCUAUACGAGAGUCUGUUUGUAUUCAAGCCAGGCUCGUCACCUAUGUGGUUUAUUCAUUGGGCACUUGGUGUUGCAUUCUAUGCCGUGAUAAGCCUCGCUGUCUGGAUCGAGGGCUCCAGUGCAAUUUUAUCAUCUUGGGAUUCCUCUAACCAGCCCCUUAAAACUCCACGGAGGUUGCUGUCGGCUGUUCUAUUCUAUUUCGUUGCAUAUUUCAAGCAAAACCAAUGCCACAGACAUCUGGCCAGCCUCAAGAAGUACACACUUCCAACGGAGGGGUGGUUCAAAUACCUCGUCUGCCCCCACUAUACUGCCGAGUGCAUUCUGUAUCUUGCAAUUGCCUGGAUCGCUGCGCCUCCAGGUGAGGUAUUCAACAAGAGCAUCCUGAGUGCUGUGGCGUUUGUGGCCGUGAACCUGGGCGCUACGGCAAAUGGUACAAAAGCAUGGUAUGAGAACAAGUUCGGCGCAGACAAGGUAGCCGAUAGAUGGAUCAUGAUCCCGCCUGUCUACUAG